CAUGUCCCCAUCUGCAGUCUGGUUCACAUCAAGAUGCGAGCUAAGAGACAAAGAUGGCAGCAAAGUGACUACAGUAGUGGCAACUCCCGGGCAAGGUCCGGACCGACCACAAGAAGUUAGCUACACAGACACCAAGGUGAUCGGAAAUGGAUCUUUUGGUGUUGUGUAUCAAGCCAAACUCUGUGAUUCAGGAGAGCUUGUGGCCAUUAAGAAAGUCCUGCAGGAUAAAAGAUUUAAGAACCGAGAGCUCCAGAUUAUGAGAAAGUUGGAUCAUUGUAACAUUGUCCGAUUGCGUUAUUUCUUCUACUCUAGCGGAGAGAAGAAAGACGAGGUGUACCUCAAUUUGGUGCUGGACUAUGUUCCUGAAACAGUAUAUAGAGUUGCCAGACAUUAUAGUCGGGCCAAACAGACACUCCCUAUGAUUUAUGUCAAGUUGUACAUGUAUCAGCUGUUCCGGAGUUUAGCCUAUAUCCAUUCCUUUGGGAUCUGCCACCGGGAUAUAAAACCACAGAACCUCUUGCUGGACCCUGAUACAGCUGUUCUAAAACUCUGCGACUUCGGAAGUGCAAAACAGCUGGUUCGUGGAGAACCUAAUGUCUCAUACAUCUGCUCUCGGUACUACAGGGCGCCAGAGUUGAUCUUUGGAGCCACCGAUUAUACCUCCAGUAUAGAUGUGUGGUCAGCAGGCUGUGUAUUGGCUGAACUGUUACUAGGACAACCAAUCUUUCCAGGUGACAGUGGUGUCGAUCAGUUGGUGGAAAUAAUCAAGGUUCUGGGAACGCCUACAAGGGAGCAAAUUAGAGAAAUGAAUCCAAACUAUACUGAAUUCAAAUUCCCUCAGAUUAAGGCACAUCCAUGGACUAAGGUCUUCCGGCCCCGCACUCCACCAGAAGCAAUUGCGCUAUGUAGCCGUCUGUUGGAGUACACCCCCACUGCCCGCCUGACUCCCCUGGAGGCCUGUGCGCACUCUUUCUUCGAUGAACUACGGGACCCAAAUGUCAAGUUACCAAAUGGGCGAGAGAAACCUGCACUCUUCAAUUUCACCACUCAAGAACUGUCAAGUAACCCAUCUCUGGCUUCGAUCCUCAUCCCUGCUCAUGCCCGGAACCAAGCAGCUGCUUCAACCCCUACAAAUGCUACAGCGGCCUCAGAUGUUAACGCAGGAGAACGAGUUCAGACCAAUAGUGUAGCUACAGCAUCAGCCUCCAACUCCACCUGAACCGGUACCAAGCAGCCAGCUGCACAGGAGAAAUCACCAGUAAUUUGGGUCUUGCUCAGCAACACUGGUCACAUUUGGAAAGAAAAUUAAAAAGAGGGAAAAAAAAAAAAAAAAACAAACCAACCAACCAACCUGUUCAUUUUAGUGUUCAAUUUUUUAUUAUUAUUAUUGUUGUUCUUAUUUAACCUUGUAAAAUAUCUAUAAAUACAAACCAGUUUCAUUGUAUUCUCACUCUGCAGGGUGUCCGGGGCAGGGGACUAGGUGGGGGGAGGAGGGAAAGCGGAGCAAUACAACACACCAAUGUCUCUCCCCUCGACAAUCUCUUCAUGUUGGAAGUUUGCUGUUGUGUACUUCAGAACCAGGACUCUUGCCUCAUGCCCCCUCCCACAACAGAAAAAAG